GCACAAGGUCGAUGCUUAACCGUUAAGAACGCGUCACGUGACCUACCCGGUGCUGUCAUGGCGAUACGUGCUGUGGUCUGUUAUUAACUGCGAACCUAUUAUCUUGAUUUUGCCCAGUACGAUCGUCACGCCGCUCGAUCAACUUUGUUAUGUUCGACUGCGUUUGGCAUGCUUUCUAAAUAAUAACACCCUCUCGUUAGGUAAAAAACAGAAAGAACUAAAGGUGAAAAAGAAUAAGGAAGGAAAUUUAUUCUCCGUGGACUGGAAAAUAUUAACUAUACAAUAUGGAUGGAUUGUUAUGCACAUUAUUCUUCGUAUGCAGUGUUGCAUUUGUGACGUCAACUGUGACAAACUUGGUGGCAAACCAUACAUCCGGGUUCUUCACCUCUACUAAUUACCCCAACAAUUAUUUCGAUGCUACGUCAGAUUUCUGGUACCUUACGGCUGAGAACGCCAGUGACGUCAUCGGCAUCAAGUUUUACGACACGGGGAUAGAGAGUAGUACAGACUGUACCUACGAUUACGUUAAAGUCUAUGACGGUCCAGUAACCAGUUCGCCACUGCUUGGCAAGUUUUGCGAUCAUUCGGAGCCCUGCUACGUGAGCACUGGCGACAGGAUGACGAUCUACUUCAGCACCGACGCCACCGUCAGCGACAAGGGAUUCAAGGCCAAAUACUGGAGUACCCAUCAUGGAAAAGGCGAAUGCGAGAAAGACGCCAGUUUGGACGUUGGCACGAUCGUCGGGAUUGCGGUCGGCUCGAUCGCGCUGUUCAUCAUAGCCUCCGUGGUCAUCAUGAUGGCCAUCAAAAGCAACUCCAGGAAGCGGAUCGCGCCACGAACCCGAUUCAUAAACUCAGCCGCACGACCGCCGAUGCCGCCGCCUUAUUCCUUAGUAAAUCCAGCCUUCCAGAUGCCCAGCUCUUAUCAGCCUUACGUGACGCAGGGUCAGUACGGUGGAUAUGGCGGGAAAAUUCAAACCGUCCAAUCAGUGGUUCAGCCUGGUCAACCAGGAAACUUUGGAGCAUACCCAAGCGGCCAUCCCACAGCGCCGCCUAGCGGUAAUUAUUCACAAGGCGUACCGGACCACGAGCCGCCCGCUUAUGACUCUUUGACGCCUCCUCCCGCCAAUUAUGUGAAUCCGCAGAUGCACAGUUUCCGUUAGUAAUAAUAAAACAGUAACAAACUCUUAUGUAAAUAUGAAAAAAGAAAUUCCAGUGGAUAUAACGUUGGUGAAUUGUGUUUUAUAAGACACGUUUACGUGUUGUUGUUUUUUGUUGAUGAUGAUCACAAGAAAUCAAAUUUUAGUUGACAGAUCAAAUUUAAAAGGUUUGCUCCAAAUCAGACAAAAAUAGUCUCGUUAACCAAACCCGUUGUUCAGUAUUACGGUUUAGAUAAGACUUUUCGUCGGGAAAUAAAGUGGAUGUGUCGGUGACGAAAACGCUAGCUGGAAGAUAAGACCAAACAGUAUUAACCCUUUCUCAUCUAAGACCAAAUAGUAUUAACCCUUUCUCAUCUAAGACCAAAUAGUCUGGAUUAGAUUACAUUUCUGAUCACAGUUUGUUUUGUUUAACGACACCACCAGAGCACAUUGAUUAAUUAAUCAUCGGCUAUUGAAUGUCAAACAUUUGGUAAUUCUGACUCGUAGUCA